GUUAUUACGACCUUGAUGUACGGUCAACAUAUAAACGUGGUUGUUUCUGUUCAUAUUUUGGAAGUAUGACUGGUUCACUUCAAAAAAAGUUAAAUACACACUGGGCGAGGUCUGUUCCUGAUAAACGACUUGCAAUUCAGUUACUUCGAGUCACUCCAUUUAUUUUUACGGCAAGUCGAUCAACUAUGGGUAGCCUUCUUUGCUGUGACGUAGAGGAGCCUUUCGCUGUACUCUCUACAUCUAAUCAAUAUCCUAGGAUCUAUGAUGGUAACUUAUGGAUUAGCGCGAAAUUCAUGUCCUAUGUACGUGACCCUUUACCCAAGUGCAGUCGCCGUAUACGUGUUAUCGAAACAUGCUUUUGGUUAAUUAGAAUUUUGAGCUAUUCUGUUCAGUACCUUGAAGAGAAGAAGGAGCACUUUGCUUUUAUUGAAUCUUUUUCAAUUAUCCAGGAAUUUCAUACCAAUGCAACAGUUUUCUCUCAGAUGAUUGGAGUGACUGAAGCUAUCGGCGACACGAAUAAAAACCUUAUUCUUCCACGCUUACCAGUGCGGAAAAAAGCCAUAUCCAAAAAGAAACGUGUUGGUGUUAAUAAAAAUAAAUGUGACUUUCUCGGACCAUGCUCUAAUAUACCUCCGACAGAAGAUCCUCCCCAACAAUACCCUCCUUUAAGAACGUCGUUUAUUGUUGAUAGCUUGCCUGGUGUUUUCGCUGUUGACAAACCAACAAAUUAUGUGAUCACAAAUUCCUCAACAGUUAUUGAAAAUAAAGAAAAUAUCCCAAUCACAGAAGCUUCAAUGAUGCAUUCAACCUCACCCUUUUCAAAAGACUCAUCACUUUUCAAGGAUCUCUUCGACAGCAACGACGAUUACUCUAUUGAACUUACAAAUCUCUCCAAUAAUUUUAUGACUAGUGAAAUAUUAACGCCUUCUGCUAAGUUAUCUCCAAAUAAUAAUACAAAUAUAAUCACUUCCGCAGUAGCACAUUCUCAGGCGUCAGUUUCCGAGUCUCAAGACAAUAAAUCAUAUUCACCCAGUACUCAGUAUUUUUCUGUUCAGAAUGCAAGCGAUUUCUCAAAUCUGAAAACUUCGAUUUCUUCAGUUACGGAAAUUAACUCAGAUGGACAGAUAACCGACCCACUGCUUGAAUCAACCUGUGGGUUGUGCAAUAAAACUGAUUUAAAAAAUCACUUCAUUGUUUCUAAUACUGACGAACAAAAUAUGAAUGGUCAAAGUGUUGAUGUAACCAUAAACGCAACAUCGCCGACCCUUCAUAAGGAUCCAUCUAUUGUUAAUUGUGUACGGGACUCAGUUGUUCAGUUCGUUCAAGGAAUAAAGAGGAAAUUUUCGCCGAAGGGGACUUGGGUUAAACCACUAAUGGGUCGUAUUCUGAAGCCGAUUUCUGGGAAUGAACUACAGUCUGAUGCUAAGCGUCCACGAAAAUUCGUUUCAACCCAUUCUCCCACUGCUUUGACAUCUGCCAUUACUGUUUCAUCCCCUAUUAUAUCGAGUAUAUCGUUGACAGAUACUAAUAGUUCACUUGGAAAUCCGGGAUUUUCUUCAUACACACUUAAUAGAUCAAAAUCUUAUCCUUGUAAUCCUGUAAAUACCCCCAGUUCCCUGCCGAUAGUUCGUCUGAGAGAACGACAGCGUAAUCCACUGCAUAAAGUAGUUUCCUCCAGUAAUAGUAGCAUUUUAAAAUCAACCUAUUCCACUGAAUCUCCGUCAUGCUCUGUAACUAAUAGUAUAAACAAACAAAAACCACUGAGUAACUGUGAACAAAGGAUUCUUAAAAGUUACAUUGAUUCAAUUAAUGAAAUUCGCCGAAUUCCAGUGAACGAAGACAAUUUUUCAGAAUUGAGGAAAUGUUUUAACUUGUAAAGAAAAUUAUUUUAUAUCCUAAUUGAUAUUCUGUAUAUUUCCUAUUUAUUAUCUCUUCUUUUGAAAAGACUAUUUUUCUACCAGACAUAAAUAUAAAUGAUAACAGUAAUGAUUACUAAAGUAAUUAUCAUUGCUCAGACGUUUACUUGUGGUCUUUUGUAUUACAAAACUAGUAUAUGUAUGAUUGGGGAAUGGUGGUAGUGUUCAGACUAUCUUUUGUAUCUUCUCGUUGUUUUCAUGGUAAUACAUGGAAUCCUCAACACAUAUGGUCACAGAUUUAUCAGUGUUAAUGCGAACGUGGAAGCUACUUUUCUAGUCAAAAAGCAUAAAUUACAUCAAUUCAGCUGUUGAAUUAAACGCAGGACUACCAGAGUAGGAUCAUGUAAAUACAUCAUAUUUUCAAAUACAGCAGUAUGGUUUGAAUCUUCGAAUGAGUAAGGCUUAAAGAAGUGUAGAUAUUGACCUCUUACCAUUUUUAUACAACACUACAAGACUGAAUCAAUUUUAUGACCUGUUUCAACCCGAUAGUUUGUAGUGGCGAUUUAUAAGUAUUAGUCGUCGAUUAUUUCUAGAUUAUUGGAAUUUAUUCGUUCUUACAGUUAUUCUUGUACAAACUUAGCCAACUUUACUCCUUCCUGAUCUCAAUCUAUUCAUGUAACAACGAAUGUGAUGCGAAUAAUUAUAUACUGUUUAAAAUCUUGUUGAGAAAUGGAUUUUGUUUUGUUAAUAUUAGUGGGAAUCUAGUUGGUAUGACAAAACGAUUUGUAGGAAAUUUUUUUUUCACUUUAUGAAAAUAAAGUAUUUUAUGAGUA